AUGGCAUUGAAAGAAGCAAAGCUAAGUUGCCCCAAAACAAAGGAAGAAAUAAAUUGGAUACAAGAUGAACAAAUGGGUACAAGAAAAAUGUGCCUUCUUCAUAUCUUGGAUCAGCCCAUUUCAAAUAACUGGCCAAAGCCCAUGAGAACAUACAAAUACUUCUGUCAUGAGGCAAUCAAUUCAGAUUGUUCUUCAAACCUUUGUCGUGAAAACUAUCACACUCAUCCUAACAAUUCUGAGAAAAAAACUGAGGCUGAAGAAGAUUGUUCUAAGCAUUCCAAAGAUGCAGAGUUCAAAAGGGAAACAUUUGAGGAAGGUAAUGAUGCUAUUCAACUCAAACAAGAGUGUAGUCAUCAAAAUGAUUCAAAUGGUUCUGAACCCGAAGCGAAGUACACUGGGGAUUGUUCUGAAACAGUUAAUAUAACUGACUAUAUUGGAAACUUUGGCCUUGAAGAAAAGGAGAGAAUGAGGUUGGUUUUCAAAUUCCAAUAUCAAACUUGGAACUGUAGUGAAACCUCUGAUUUUGUGAACACUGAUAGUGAUAAGGCUCCUGAAAGCACCAACAAGCAGGAUUUCAUCCCAGGGAAGAGUUUCAACAGCUUCUUGGAUGAACCAUGCGAUCAUUCAAAACAAUUUUCUUUGGAAAAUGAUUCUGCUGAUGAAUCUGAAUGGAGCUUUGGACCAGAAAGUUGUGUGGAUCAAGUAGUGAGGCCCCAGACUGGGCCUUCUGUAGAACAGCCUGACGAACAUCAAGUGAAGAAUCUGAAUGCCAAUGUGUUUGUUGAAGAAAUUUCAGCUGUUGAUAGUGUCUUUUCUGAAGAUGAUAGCAUUUGUGUAAGCUUUGACUUAGAUUCUAUAACCAGUCCUGUAGGAGGUGAAUUCUUGUCAGAUACAGAUUUUGGAACCACUAUUAAGCUUAACACUUCAGGAAACCAUGAUGAAGAAAAUGCAGUGUUAGCAAAAGAAUAUUUGGAUUUAGAUGGUGAAACAAGAUCAGAGAGUUUUGAUAUUCAACUUAAAGACAUGACGAGAGGGACAAGAAAAUUGGAAGAAGAGACAAGAAUGCAACAAGAUUCAGAUGUUAUUGAGAACAUAAAGUUCAAAGGGCAUUGUUUUCAAGAUAGGCCUGACAUGAACUUGGAUGGUUCAAUAGGUUCAGAUCUUGAGGAUUCCUUUGAUGCACAAUGGGAACAUCAAGAACUGAUAGAACAGCUCAAGAUUGAACUGAACAAGCUCAGAGCUACUGGUUUGCCUACCACCUUUGAGACACAAGGGAUAAUGAAAGACAUGAAGCCAUGGGAAAUUGAUGAUAAUUUCAAGUAUGGCAGUACCAUAAAUGAUCUCACAAAAGUAUACAAGAGUUACUUAGAAAAAAUGAGAAAAUUUGAUAUCUUAAAUUACCAAAAACUGUUUGCUAUUGGUGCCCUGAAGACCAAGGACCUUAUGCUAUCAUUGUCAAGUCGUGAGAACUCUUCUCCAGUUAUCACAUCCUUCCUUCCACACUUCUUUGGCCACAGCAGACAAAAGAAAAUUGAAUCUGACCCAUUAAAGAAGUUCAGGAGAGAAUUUUACAGUGACUUGGAAAUGGUUUAUGUGGGACAAAUGUGUCUUUCUUGGGAAUUCCUUCGGUGGGAGUAUGACAAGGCCUUGCAGUUAUGGAAAUCUGAUCAAUAUAGGUUUCAGAGUUACAAUGAAGUAGCUGAGGAGUUCCAACAAUUUCAAGUGCUUCUGCUAAGAUUUGUGGAGAAUGAAUGUUUCCAAGGUCCAAGAGUUGAGUACUAUGCCAGGAGCCGUUGUGCUAUGCAAAAUCUUCUUCAAAUUCCAGUUUUAAGAGAGGACAACACCAAAGACGAAGAGAUAUUAAAGACAGCAAGAGAUGUAGAUAAAAGUGAAAUCACAAGUGACAUGCUAGUGGAGAUUUUGGAAGAAUCAAUCAAGAUAUUUUGGAAUUUCAUCAAAGCUGAUAAAGAUGCAUCUAGCUUGGCUCAUAGAGGUUCAAGAGAAACUCAAGUAAAACUUCAAGACCCUGCAGAUACAGAAUUUCUUAGGGAGAUUCAAGCAGAACUUCAGAAGAAGGAAAGGAGACUAAAUGAAUUUUUAAAGAGCAGAAGUAGCAUAUUGAAAAAGUUUCAAAAGCAUGAGGAAGACAGUAGAGAUCAUUUUGCUUACUUUUUAACUCACCUGGAGAUAAAAUUGGUUUGGAGAGUGUUAAACAUGUCGAAAAUAACAAAGGAUCAACUAGCAUGGUGUAGUAAUAAAGUAAACAAUAUCAAUAUUGUAAACAAAAGGAUACAUAUAGAACCAUCUUUCUCACUUUUUCCUUGUUAG